AUGACAACAGGAAAGACCCUGCCCGAGUCCGACGUCGAGGCAACCCUUGUAAAGCUCAGAAGCGCUGACCCCGACCGCAAAGUCGACAUCAUCCAGUACUUCACCGUCCAGCUUGACGGCGUCACAUCCCUUCCCGAAUCCACUAUCGACCCCUUCCUCCUACUCUUACCCCCCCUCCUACGCACGCCCCAUUCGCUCUUACUCAAUACCGUCCUUUCAACAUUCAUCCCCGAAUUCCUACCUCUUAUCCCGCAUCAGCCGACGUCGCAUUUGAGGAUUGCUCUGCUGCAGGUUUUUCCGGCCCUGGCGGAGAAGCUGAACGAUGCGAAAGAAAGAGUACAUGCUGCUGCUGGCAACGACAUCUUCGUUCUCGGCGAGAUCAGCUGGAAAGCCGACCCUCCCCUACCGACCUCUAGUUUCGGACCCAAUUCUGGGAAAUCAGCCCUCUCGCACGGCACGACCUCCAAACUCGGAUCUUCUGGCCCUAAAGACAAAGAGACACUGUCGGCAUUGUGGGAGAGGCAGAUGAAGGAUGUCUUGCAGGGCCGAGCAAAGAUUGCGAAAGUGGAGGCAAUGAAAGUCCUCGUAAAGCUGAGGGAAGCGGUGGGCGGCAAGAUGGGGCUGAAAGGGUGGCUGAGCGUGCUGGUGGACUUGCUGGAGGACGGAGAUGGGACUGUUCGAGACCAGGCUCGAGAGACUGUCGUCGCCUUACUGGCUCCGCCCACAACUCCUCCUGCCGCCCGGUCGGAACUCAAAAAGCUAAUCGUUGCCAAGAAUGUCCGUAAAAACAUUGCCGAUAACAUCAUUGCUCGUAUCCUGGGCGGCGAGGUCACUUCGGGCCGCUCUACCCCUGCUGCCAAGUCGGAGGUGCUGAAAGAUGAUGCUGUUCGGUCAGGCGCCGGGACGCCUGCUUCAGCGCAGGGUGAUGAUGUUGACAUUGUCUAUAUCGCAUCAUCCCAUGACCUUGCGAACGAAUUUGCUUCCAUUCUUCCUCACUUUGAAGGCAAAGAAACAGAACACAACUGGGGUCCUCGAGAAGCUGCUGUCAAGAGGGUGAGAGGGAUGAUCAAGGGCCAGGCGCAUGUCAAGUAUCAAGAUACUUUUGUUGCUGGUCUCAAAAAUGGAUUGCUCGAGGGUGUGGCCAAGACUAUCCUGAGUUUGAGAACGACUGUGGCUCAGGCGUCUUGUGUCUUACUGCGAGAGCUGGUGGAGGGUUUACGGACUGCAUUCGACAACUUUGUUGAGUACCUUCUCCCCGUCCUCGGCAAGAUGGCUGGUCUCACCAAACGAAUCAUUGCCGACCGUUCCCAACAGAUCGUCACUGCCAUCAUAACCCAUACCAACGUCCACCCCCGUAUCUUCAUCGCCCAUAUCUUCUCUGGCAUCUCGGAGAAGAACGUCCAAAUCCGCGCUUACUGCACCAACCACCUCCGCACGUUCCUCAAGAUCCACGCGGCACAUGCAAAGCACCAGAUCGAGUCUACUGCCGGUUUGGGGGAACAGCUAGACCAGACAGUGAGGAAGACGUUGGCGGAUGUGAAUCCUGGUGUGAGGGAGGCUGGAAGACUGGCGUUUUGGGGGUAUCAUGCGGUCUGGCCUGCGAAAGGGCAAGUAAUCAUCGGGACGCUGGACAACCAGGCGAAAAAAAGUCUCGACAAGGUCAAUCCGCGCGACAGUAAUCUUGAAACGCUGUCGGCCACUUCGUCGACCUCCGCUUCUUCGUCCGCUGCUACAGCUGCUACGACCACGUCAGCAGGAUCGGGAAGGCCAGCCGGCAGGUCGUCGGGCUUGGCGGCGAUGAUGGCUGAACGCCGAAAAGCCGUCAAAGCAGCAGCCGACAAGAAGGCGCAGCUGGGUGAAAGUGAUGGGUUUGGGAUCUCGCCUCGCAUCGUUUCGAACCCUAUCCAAGGAUCACCGAAUGUCCAAGCGGGGCUGCCGAGGUCAAACUCGAGUAUGUUGUUAGCCAGUCCUGUCCCCCAGAAACCGACCCAGCUGGUACGGUCGGUAACUUCGCCGGAAGGGUCCCCGUUAACCGCGAAAGCCAACCCCGGUUUGCUUGCUUCUCCCACGCCGGACACGAGCACCAGCAGACGUCUCUCCAAAUCACCUUCUGCUUCACCAUCUCCCUUGGACCGACAACAAAACCCUAGAACAAGAGCCACCAGCCUUGGUCCUUCUAGCAGCCCGGGCGGAGGUGUCAAGAGUCCACCGCCGAGAGAAUCGCCCCUAAGACAAAGCUCGACGGUGCCGAUCGGCAGGAGUGUGGAGAGUGGUAGGAAAGGUCUGCCAGAGUUUGAUGGGGAUGGCGGACUGGGUUUGGGGUUGGGGACGCCUGUGAGGGGUGGACCUUCGCCGAGCUCGACGCCAGCGCACACGCCAGGGAUGCCGGGCACGCCUGCUCGAGCGCCUUCUGCCACUCCUCGAAACGGUAGCUUGGCUCACACUCCCGCCCCAUCCAACGGCCAUACCGCCCAAACUCACCUCUUCAGAACACCGAUCAACGCUGCUAGUAGCCGGAAGGCAUGGGAAGACUCGCCCAGACCGGAGGCGGUGACCCCUCUGAUGAUGGAAAAGCUGAAGGAGAGAAAACAUGAGAGGAGUUGGUGGAUCAAGAGGCAGGAAUUGAUGGACAAGGCCUCGCCUCUGAAACCCACUACCCCUUCUCCGGCUUCUGCGAUCGUCCCAGACCUGGAAUCUCUUUCUUCCGGUAAUAUCGAAUUACGCAACCUCCAGAAACUUGCCCUCUUUUCAAGCUCCCACCCCGUCCGUGCCGACCCUGAAGAAGAGGAGGACCUCUCCGAAUCCGAACGCGAUGUCAUCACUUCAGAACGCAAGCUCUGGGAAGACGACUCGCUGUUCGAGAGACUGCUCGAUAGUCUGCUGAUGUACCUGCGGCCGGAGAAGGACAAGGAGCUGCUGGAGCAAGGACUGGUGAUCCUCUGGGAAGUGGUGCAACAUCAAUGGUGUUUGGUGGACGAUGUGGGCAAGCUUUGUCAGACUUUGUUUAGACUGAGGGCGAGCCAGGAUGCCGUUAUUUUAGAGUCAACGAACGCGUUGGUAUCACUCCUCGUUCAAAUCUCUGACCCCAUGCUGCUGCUUCUCAGCCUCUGCUCAUCUCUCGACAAGUUCCUCGCCGGACAUCCUCCGGCAUCCCCAUCAGCUCCUCGAUUGUCUGAGGGACAAGACCCUCUCACCGCUGCCUUGUCACAGCUCUCCCUCGGGCCUGAGAAGGAAACGCCAGAGGAGAGGAUCAGGAACUCGGGAUACUUGUUUGGGCUGACGAGUGUGGGUAUGUGUGUACUGAGGCUGUCGGCGCCGGUGGUCGUCUCGGAAGGGCCAAAGUUGGGGCGCAUCGUCAUGGCUGCCGCCUCGAAUCCAUCAUCAAUCAUUCGCCAAGCCUCUCAGUCCCUCCUCCUCUCAAUCCAAUGUAUCCUCCGCAACUCCAACAAGACCCUCUCCCUUGUCCCCAGCCUUAGCAAGGGUCAGAAGGACCUGGCGAUCUAUUAUAUGGCGCAGAACGGCAUUCUGGAGGAAAAUGCGUUGCACAAGCAAUUGGACAAUGCGGAAGGGAAGGAAGACAUUGAAAGUGAGGAUGGCGAAAAGAAGGAGGAGAGAGAGAGGGAGAUGAUGAAUGGGGAAUUGGCAGGGUUGAUGGCGAGGGGUGUAGCCAGGGAAUGA